GUACCUGCCCUGAAGACAUGCCUUCUCUUUUCGUUUGCUCGGGGACGAAAAAGGCUGCAAAGCUAAAGAAGGCUUUCACAACUGGCAGUAGUAACCCCAGACUUGAGAUAAUAACGAGGAACGAGACUGGAAAGGCCGACAGAAGGCUGUGAGCGUCGAUUGGAGUAGGAACGAACUAGAACCGAAGGCCACCAACAUCCAGCCACCGGACUUCACAUGGCACUAAGUACACACCACAGAGCAGCAGAAUUCACAUACUCACCCUCGCCCUACUACGGACCCGUUCCAGCAAAUCAUUUCCCUUGAUCCCUCCGUCCUUGGGGUUGGGACUUCCAACCCGAAACAAAUCAUGUAGGUUGACCCUCCCCAUCCCCUGGGGUUCUGCUUCAUACUAGUUCCUACUCCCUCUCAAAAGUAAUCUCGUGUCCCUGAAUACCUGGCUUCACUUCACGUGAACGUUUUGUUUCUCCACGUUCCGUCAGCUCAGUCAUGGCGAAGCUCCAAUAUCCGCCGCAGGGUGGAGAAAAACGAUUAUGUCUCACCCUGUUCUGCACGAUGAUGUUGUCCGUGCUCUCGGCCGUGGCCAUCAUCUACUCGAUUGUGAUUGUGUAUAUUCCUUCCUUGGAUGUGUUGGGAUCAACCCUUCAGGGCCCCAAAAUGUGCACCACCCUGGAACUGAAGGGCAACCUCAGUGGCGAUGAGGAAUGCGAUGGAUGGUGGUCUUGUGAAGAGUGGUGCCUUAGCAAGUCUGGCAAAAGUUGUAGCCAUGUUAAAGCUGCCGUCCGAGAGCUGGGAACCACUGUCUAUUGGGAUGGUUGCAACUUCAAUGAAACUGGAGAUGGAUUCAUCGACCACGUCUGUAAUACUCUGGAAGACAUUAAGCCCAUGAACUGUAAACUGUAUGGUUAUGAAAAAGAUUCAGAGGGCAACCCAGGCUUGAAAGACAAAUGCAUCCAAUUCAAUGAUAAUGUGAUAUCCUGCAUGUCUGGCAUUUGCAAGAACGUAUCCUUGGUCUACGAUUGCACUUACACGUCCAAAUUGGACGAACUCAUAGAGCAAAAUGAUGGCCGAGGAUACUGUAAUUGUGCCAUGUGCAACAACAAGCAUUUUGGUCCCAACGUCACCAAGGCCAAAUAUCCUGGUGAAUGCUUACCCGAAGUGGCCCUUUGCUAUGGCCCAGAUGCGGAUCGGCUAAAUGAUACCAUGAAGAAAAUGUGCUCAAAAGUGGGCUGCUUCAAUUGCCGAGACAUUUGCCAUGAACGCGAGGAAUGUUUUGACAUGGAUAGUCGCAAAGAUCCAACCAUCAUUGGGACCGACGAGUACGGGAACUCUGUCCUGGUUUACUACGAAUGCCGCAACGGUUACUGUUCCGAGAUUUAUGACCUAGUUUGCGAGCGGCGUUGUGACUCGAGGAUGUUCUCAACUUUGUUGAAGAACUCCAUGCUCUUCAUAGGAGAGCGGGUCAUCAUGGCUGAGUGUUCCAAGCGUUCCACGGUCAAUGUUUCUUCAUUGGAUGAAGGGGAUACACGAUCCGAGACGUUGAUGAUUGCUUGUACCAAUGUGACCAUAGACCGAGAAGCCAGGACCAUGAUCAGUCAAGAUUGCGUGAAUGGAACAUGGUUUGAGGACAACUUCAAUGGCGGCAGCACCAACUACUCAUAUCUUACUGAAGCCUACUCAGAAAUGAGAGAACUGGACGAGAACAAGGUCGACGGGAUAUCUUACGAGGAGGACAUCACUAUUUAUAACAGCUCCAAAAUGAAGAUUAAUAUUGAAGGAUGUGUGAACACGCUUGCCAAGGAAUGCAUGGCAUUUCACCAUAAUUAUGGGAAAGAUGGUCGUAAUUACACGGCUCGAGCCGUCUACCCUUGUUUCUACGAUCCCUUCGAUUCCAACUUUGUCGUGGUCAACUUUGAUCCCGACCACACGUUGGUACUUCUCAUCAUGUUUGUGACCAUACCAUUCGGCAUCAUGAUCUUGUCCUGUUCGUACAUGUGUGGUUGCUCCAGGUUCAUCCACGUGGCUGACGAUGGCCACAUGAGGUUGCGUUGUUGUGGAAAAUACGUUACGGGCAUUGGCAAUGUGCCCAAAUGGGAUCCUCCCCCACCUCGGAAAAGUCUAAUGAAGAAUGGCCCUGAGGACGAUCCCAAUCUUUGAGAGAGUCAAUACUCGAGUCCCCCGUCCUUAUUUACUAAUGUUGAUGCAUAUUUACCAAACUACUACUUCUAUUUGCUACAUAGAAAGCCCUCCAAAGCCUAACGCAUAAUCUCUCUCCUGCCUUUAUAUUCAUCGAAUAUCACACCGCUUCUGUCCGAAGAGCUUCAAAGCUAAUGACAAUCACCAGCGUUCAUAUUAUUAACAAAGAAAAAAUCUGACAAUAUAUUACAACCAAAGAAGUCCAA